AACACAAUUGCCACCCUCCCGCUGAUCACUAACGACACUGUAUAGAUGCAUGUCCACUUUUUAUGGUUUGCCCAUCUUGUUCUGCCGCAGUGUAACCUGCUCAUCAGCCCGCUGAUUUCUUCAUCCCCCCUUAAUUAUCUUUCCACCGCACUUGUGUCACAUUCCCUUUCUUCACCAUGACACUGACAAGGCCCCCUACCGAGGUGGCCAUCAUUGGAGGAGGCCUGGCCGGCUUGACUCUUGCGCUCGCGCUGCAUCGGCUCAAGAUAUCGUCCACAGUCUAUGAAGCACGCUCUGAGGAUCACAAUCCGGGCGGAGGGCUCAUGCUCUCGCCAAAUGCUUUGCGCGCCCUCGACAGUAUUGGAGUGUAUGAGCGUCUACGCGACAAGGCGCUGGAGUUUGACAAGCUUUACUUCAAGAACGACAGGGAUGAGACGACAGACAUCUACUAUUUUGGCUCCAAGGCCAUGUACGGCUAUCAGGCUCUCCGUAUUAUGCGUAAGGACCUUCUAGGCGAGCUAUUGGCCAUAUUGCGGGAACGCAGUAUCCCAGUCCAUUUCAACAGUGCGUUGGCCACUGUCAACUCUGACAGCCCUGACAACGACGUCGAGUUCACCUUCACCAAUGGCCAAACCGCUUCAGCCUCACUCUUGGUUGGCGCUGACGGCAUUCACUCGACGGUGCGUUCAACCUUUUUGCCCGAGGUGAAGACCAAGUAUGCAGGCAUCCUGGGCAUCAACUGCGUUGUACAGCGGUCACAGCUCCGUAUACCCGACGAUUACGGCUUGCCCGCAAUCGCCAUGGGCAAGCCAGGAGGGUUUCUGCUUGUCCCACAGAAGCCCGAUGGCUCUGAGCUCUAUGUCGGGGCGCAGCGGAUGUUUACAGAGCUUGAUGAUGCUGGCUGGAAUGAUCUACGCAAAGAUAAACAGAAGCUCUAUAAAAUGAUCCAUGAAAAUCAGGCUGAUUGGCCGGAUAUUGUACAAUCAGCGCUUGAGGCCAUGCCUGUAGAUAGGAUGGGGUUUUGGGCCUUUUACAGCCUUCCGCCGUUGUCGUCUUGGCUCUCUGAAUCAAAAAACAUCAUUUUAGUCGGUGAUGCAGCUCACGCUAUACCACCUACGGUCGGUCAGGGGGCUAACCAGGCCAUAGAGGAUGUUUAUGCCCUAGCAUUGCUUCUCUCAAAGCUGUCGCCUGAGGUUCCCCUGGACAACGGCGCUGCGCUAUGGCAGUUCUAUCGCCAGGAGCGCGUCCAAAAGAUCCUUGACCUAACGCAGCAGAUGAACGCAAAACGGCUGCCUGCUUCAGAAAAGGCCAAGCUGCCUCCGGGUGCUAUCUGGACCGAUUCGUCGUCGACACGCGGAGAUGGGGGCGAGCUGCGUUGGUUGUACAACCCAGAUCUGUCCGAAGAGGUUGAGAGGUGGGCACAGGAGCUCAAGCAAAAGGCUGCCUUGCAGGCUUAGAAUGGCACAGUGGGAAAGGCAGCAACGACAAAAAUUACACAGCGAUGUCAGGGAAUACAAUUUGGCUAUGCUUGCCAAGUGCUCACCAUGCCGCCCAAUGAUACAUAAUAUUGUUACCCAACAAUAAUCAAUGCAUGACGAGAAUGCCCUGAAUGCGGCCGAAGUUGCAUUUUGGCCCCCAUCUGAAAGGAAGUCGAAAGUUAAGUCCCUUUUAGAGACAGUUAGAACCUGGAGGUGACGGGCCCAGGUGUUUGCAUGGUGCCAUUCUUCCUCGUCGUAUUUCGUGCCGCCAAUGAUACCUCCAGGUCUCCAGACUGUGACAUCUCGAUAGCCCGUGGCAGCGUGCGUGAUGCUGUUGUCUAGAACAUAAAACGGAACCCCGCAUUGUACUACUCAUCAUAUUCAUCAUCUUCUUCUUCUUCUCCCGAUUCUAUGACAAUGUUAACAUUGGCUGGGAGCCGAGCCUCUAACUCGCCGACGAACGUGCCGCCCACAAGCAUGCGAAAGAAACGAAUUGCCUGCGACAAUUGCCAUUUCUCAAAGGUCCGCUGCACGGGCGAAAGUUCAGGGUGCCAGCGCUGUGAGCGCGGCCGUAAGACAUGCCACUACAGC